AUGCACCAACUCGAAGUUGAUCCUGAAAGUACAUUCCAAGAACAUCAAGAUGCAUUGGACAAUAUACCCUUUUUUGUGAAAUCCAAGAACCCAGGGUGGCGCUGGAGUCCCGUAGAUCGAUUUUCCAUGUCCUGGAACAAGAUGGGGUCAUCGAAUGACGGUAGCUCUAACUAUCGGGCUACUUAUGAUAAAAAAUUAGACCUAGGAAUGAUUAAAGAACCAUACGACCUGGAGGGUCCUGAUGAGUUUGAUCCCCAGGAGAAGGAAACAAACUUGGAGUGGCUAAGGACACCUUUCUGGCGAUCUGAAGGGAGCUAUAAUUCUGGGUCUGAAUUAGCCUGGAAGCGAUCUAGGAUUGAGGGGGUCGGUAAAGAUAUCAAGCAAGACCCCCAAGCUCAAGAUGACCUUGAAUUCAAGAACAGUCUUGAAAUGGAUACUGAAAGGGCUGUAGCAAAUUAG